UUUAUAGGUCCCUUAGAAAGAUGUGGAGAAAACUUCGUUAAAGUGGGAUGUUUUAAUGACAAUACAAGACCUCUUCCGGAGCUGUUGUUGAACAAGAGAAAUCAAUUGGUCCAAGGCUGGAAGAAGUGGAAGGAAUUUUUAGAAGGGUAUAGUACGAGUACAAGCUGCGGUGGCGACAACGUAGAAGUAGUGAUAAUUGUUUAAAAGGCUGGACAAGACGAAAAAUAUCUUGAAUGGGAUAAUUUCUAAGGAAAAUGUGGUGCCGCAUUCACGAAUUAUCGGCACCAUCUUUAAUGGUUCGAAAAACUAAUAUCUGUAGAGAAGCAGAUCUUUCUCAGGUUUCUUAUCAUUUCGGUUACAAAGGCCAUUUUUGAAAUAAAAUUUUGAGCUGUGGAAUUUUCCUCAAAUGGGCAAAAACGAUUCACUAUAAUCUUAACCUUAAAUUUUUCAGUACGUAACGUCCAAAUGUCUUAUUUUUACAUAAGCUGGGAUUCCUCUGUUCUUUUCGGGGGGGGGGGGGGGUUUUUAUAUAUAUAUUAAUUUUUUUAAAAAACAGACUUGAAUGUGAAAUUUUACCUUUGUGGUGUGAAAAUUUAUCUUUCAAUUUAACCCCUUUAUUUCUUGUUUAGAAAUUAAAACAAAAUUUCCUUACCUUAAACUAUUUCCUUUAUUUUCCUUCACCUCUCCUUUUCUAGUUUUUUUCUCAGGUUUUUUUUCAUUUUGGUUACAAACCCCAUUUUUUAAAAAAAAUUUUUAGCUGUGGAAUUUUCCCCAAAUGGGCAAAAACGAUUCAAUAUAAAUUUAACCCUAAAUUUUUCAUGACGUAACUUCCAAAUGUUUUGUUUUUUAAAAAGCUGGGAUUCCUCUGUUUUUUUGGGGGGGGGGGGGUGGUAUUGUAUAUAUAUAUAUUAACGUGAUUAAAAAUCAUCAUUGAAUGUGAACAUUUAGCCUUGUGUGUUGCAAAUGUAUCCUUCAACUUAAGCUCCUGUAUUACUGUUUUCAAGAUACAAUCAAAUUUCCUUCGCUUAUACAGUAGUCGUCUGCUGAGGAAAGUGAUUGGGUGGAGACAUGAGAGGGAAUAUGUUAUCUAAUCAAAAAAGGUUAGGCUUGCCAUUUGCCAUUGUGGUAACGGAAACUUAAGAGACAGGACAAGCAAAACCAGUUAAGAGAUAUCAAACUGGUGCACCGCCAGAGAAAAAAAAGAGAGUGAAAAUCGCUCCUUCUUAUCUCAUAAUUGUCACUUUUAUUUUAAAGCUUGGCCUGCAGUUGUGCGAACAAGACAAGAAGGAAAGGUUUCGCAUAUUUUGGUCUUCAAUUUUACGCCGAGUGCUGGAGUGGAGUCAAACCUAACGUUACGCAUGCGUAUGACGGUAUCUCCAAAGAAUGUGUGGGACAGGAUUUCACCAUUCGCUGCAAACAAAAAGAUACAUUUUGUGUGGGAAAAGGAAGAAGCAACUACGUUUACCGGCUUGUUACGCCAACCUUCGCUCCUGGUAAUUCAUGCACUUAAAAUAUAUUCACGCAGCUGCUUAAUUUUUGCAGUGAAACAGCGGGUAGAGGAGUGUCGCAGUGUCGCCCCGUUUCCCCAUUCCAGUUUUUGCUGCUUUAUCCCCGGAAAAACCUGUCAAAAAAUAUAUUACAAGCCUUCAAAUGCAGUUCUAGCCCACCUACUGUCACUCCAUGUCGGGCGCUAGAGACAAUGACAUCCGAAUUUAUGUAAGGAACAAUGAACGUGGUUGCUAACGUUCCCGUAAUUGUUUUUUUUUCCUUUACAGAAUGCAGAGACAGGAGUAACUAUUGCGCUGAAUACGCCAACAAAGGAUAUUGCAAAGCAUAUGAACAUGUUCGAAUUCAAUGCCCAUAUUCUUGCAAAGAAUGCUAG